AUUCGUGCGCCUAAAAAGAAGAUAAUUAAAGAAAAGUGAGGGGGAAUUGCAGGAGACGACAAGAUUUCUAAACACAUCAUCAUCCUUAAGGACAAAGUAACAUGUUUUACUUUAUGCUCCCAAACGGAUCUUCUUUCAUGCGACACUUUUCCGCUUUUCACUCUGUUAUCCUCAAUCUCGCCUCCCACUCCCACGCUCUGAUUCUACAUUUCCGAUCCAAACCGUCUCUGUCUCUUUCUCCCAUCACUCCCAUCACCAUGGCCAGCCCUCCUCGUUCUUUCUUCUUCCUCCUUCUCUCCUUCCUCCUUCUCUACAGUUCCGGAUUCAUGAUGCCCAUCUUUUCCGAUCGCGACUCUCCAGCCCCACCUGGUGCCAGUAUCUUCCUAUCUCACCUUCGAAUGAUUGGCAAGAUCCUCCCCAGAAGAACGUUAGGGGACACCACCGUCAUCACAGUACCUUCCAGUAAUCCUGUCACUGUGUACCCCACGAAUCCAUCCGCGGUGCCUGUCACGGUACCUUCCUCUAAUUCCCCCGUGCCGGUUACGGCUUAUCCUCCACCGUCGUCAACUGGUGUUCCGGUGACAAAUUCUCAACCACCACCUCCUCCGACCACCUCUAAUGCUGCUCCUGCUGCUUCUGGGCAGAAGUGGUGUGUGGCUAAAUCUGGAGUUUCACAGUCUGCUCUUCAAUCCGCACUCGACUAUGCCUGUGGAAUGGGAGGCGCCGAUUGCUCUCAGAUACAGCAGGGAGGGAAUUGCUACAAUCCCGACACUCUGCAAAACCACGCUUCUUAUGCCUUCAACGCCUACUACCAAAAGAACCCCUCUCCUACCAGCUGCGACUUCGGAGGCACUGCCACCUUAGUUACGAUCAACCCUAGUUCGGGUUCUUGCAUUUACGCAUCGUCGGCGUCUUCUUCUUCGUCGUCGCCGCCACCGCCAACAACCCCGUCGUCUUCUUCGUCGUCGCGGCCAGCAUCUGCGUCAUCAUCACCAACAGCAUCUCCGACUCCAACAACACCGUCAUCACCAGGAGGUGGUACUCUAGGCUAUGGUAGCCCAACAUCAUCAUCGGCGACAUUGAACUCGAGCAAUCCGGUGUCAGGUUAUACGCCGCUUGUUGGGUCGCAAAGCCCACCUUCCACCACAUGGUCACAUUCAAGUGGUCUCAGGCCUUUUGUUGGAUCGACGCUUCUGCUGGCAUCGCUGGUCACAGCGCAACUCAGCGUGCUUCCUUAGAAUAGGACGAGUAGCUCUAUUAUUAUGGCUCAGGACUUAGGUGAGUGUACUUGUAGAAUUUAAGUAACUGCAGUUUCUGGCUUCUGGGCUGCUGUGCCUGUGCUUUGCUACACGGGGUUAUUGUAAUGUACAUAAUUUGUCGGAGCUACGUUACAUUAGUGUCUGCCGGAUUGACACUCAGAUAACAUUAUUGUUAGCCCACAUGCUUGAAAACCUGCUUCGCUCAGAUUACACAUUC